GACUUGCCUGCGAACGUGUCUGGGAAGCAUCUGAAGCAGAGACCGCAAAGAGACCUUUGUCCGUUAGAGUUUGAAACAGUUUGAGAGUGACUGCGCACAGUGGUGCAAAGUGCUAAUCCAAUUCGAUUUGUGACCGCGUGAAGUUCGCGUUCUGUGUAGAAGUCCGAAAUCAAAUUAAACAGCUUCGACUACGUUUUCAGCGAGCACAAUGCAGGCCGUGCACACAAAUGCACAGAGGAGCCAAUGGCUACUGCUGCUCUUCGCCAUGCUGCUGAAUGCGGCCGUUCAGCCACGCGAUUUCGCUGUGAAUGCCGCGGAGGAUGUGGGCAACGUGUCGCCCUGUGAGAUGGAGACCAUAAUAAAUCAACUCUUGAAUCCCAGUCCGGAGUAUCAGCUACACGCUUCCGCCUUGCGCAACCAGCUUAAGAAUCUAUUGCGGGAGCGCGAGGAGCAGCAGCAACAGGGCGACUAUGGCGACUACUUGGACGAGGACAAGCGUUCCGUGGCUGCGUUGGCCGCACAGGGACUGCUGAAUGCACCCAAGCGCAGUCUGGCCACGUUGGCCAAGAACGGGCAGCUGCCGACGGCCGAGCCCGGCGACGAUUAUGCCGAUGCCGAGUCUGGGGAGCCAAGCGAGCAGAAGCGGUACAUUGGCUCGCUUGCGCGUGCCGGCGGACUGAUGAGCUUUGGCAAGCGCAAUGUGGGCACCCUGGCGCGUGACUUCCAGUUGCCCAACGGCAAGCGCAACAUUGCCACCAUGGCCCGGCUGCAGAGCGCGCCCAGCACCCAUCGGGAGCAGCCUAAGCGGAAUGUCGCCGCAGUGGCACGCUACAAUUCGCAGCAGCAUCAGAAUCAGCGCAACAGCGGCGAGAAGCGCAAUCUGGGCGCCCUGAAGUCAUCGCCAGUUCAUGGCGUGCAGCAGAAGCGCGAGGACGAGGAGAUGCUUCUGCCCGCCGCCGCCGCCGCCGCUCCGGACUAUGCCGACCCCAUGCAAAGCUAUUGGUGGUAUCCCAGCUAUGCUGGCUAUGCCGAUCUCGAUUGGAAUGACUAUCGACGCGCCGAGAAGCGCUUCCUUGACACUUCCAAGGAUCCCGAAUUGUUUGGCAUUGAGCAUGGCAAUGAGGCAACCGAUGCCGAGGCCAAUGCCGCUGCCCUUGCUGAGGAGCUGGAGGAGGAUCAACAGCAGCAGCAGCAGCAGCAGCCAUUGCAGGCAAUGCCGCAGAAGCGUCACAUUGGCGCCGUCUAUCGUUCCGGCUUUCUGCCCAGUUACCGUUAUUUGCGCAGCCCCACCGGCAACACCGGCGGCGGCUUUGGCGGUGCGGGCGGUCGCUUUAGUCGCUCGGGACGUGCCAGGCAACUUGUCGAGUACUACCCCCAACACGAGCGACUGCGUCAACCAAUCGCAGCCGUUUGUAAACGUUGUUUCCUACCAAAUCGACCGAUGAUGAACUGGAGCGGUGCUGGCAUACGCGGUAGUCUGUCCAAAUUCUAUGUGGAUCCCAUCAUCGAGACGGCCAGAUCAUCGGCAGCAAACGCUGCACGCAUACGCAGCAUUUCCACCAAUUCGCUGCCAAGUGGCCCAGGCAAGAGCCGGACCUAUCCCUUCCAUUCGUGGGGCACACCGCCACGUAUUACAGCAUUGCAACGGGGCGUCUAUCGACGCAACGGUGAGUCCAUGGACAAUUACGAAUACUAAACUCUAUAUAGAUAUCACGACAAUAUAAUCCCAAAAAAAACAAUAAAAAUAACAAAACCAAUAUCGUAUACAGAAUUAUACAUAUACAUAUAUAUAGAUAUUUAUAUAUAUAAAUGUGUUAUGCAGUAUUUUCGAUGUAGUAGUUCUUUAACACCGUCACACACACACCUGCAGCACACGCAGCUACGCAGCGCAAAUGUAUCUGUAUCUCAAAGUUUGCCGUAGUUCGGUGCCACUCGAAUACGUAUCUGUAUCAAUAUAUAUAUAUAUAAAUAUAUAUAUAAAUCAAAUAAUUUAUUUAUCUAUGUAUAAAUGAGGUAACUGAUGCCAGUGCAAAGCAUGGAAACGUUUAAUAUCACAACUAAAUCAUAUCGUCUUGAAACUAUCGAUUAUCUCUGAACAAAAGAAAAAACAACAAACAAAACGAAAAAAGAAAAACAAUAAAAAAUUUAGUGCCAAUGCCGUACCUUAGCAGGAAGUGUUGAAUUUUAAAGAACCCCCGAAACAAAUAAGCACAGCUUCUACUAUUUUUUGCUAGAUCCCACACCUUAAACUCCCUACAUAUUGUAUUACUUCUUAUAUGUGUAUUCAUAUAUAAAUAUAUGACAAUAAUUAUUGAUAAUAAAGUAAAGGAAAUUCCUACCCAGUUAGUGCAAUGUUCUAGCCUAAGUUGUGGCACGAUAUAUAUAUAUUCAUAUAUACUCUUACCUAUAUGAAUCAAGGUAUUAUUAGUACUCGUAUACACCGAUGGAAGUUUACUGCGUCAAGGACAAUAAUUAAGCAAAAUCCGACAAUAAAUGAAAGGACAAUAAAAAUGCGAACAAACUAAAUAUUGAAAUAUAUUAAAUAUUGUAUUCAAUCAUUUUUAAAUGUUUAUUUGAAUACUACCCAAAGAGAAAUUGAUAAUAAAAAGAGAUACCCCAAAUAAACAUAAACAUAUUCAAUGUGCGUAAUUAUAAGUCUGAUGUUGUCAAUAAUUAACUUACAUAUUCAUUUCCAACUUAAAGUAUUCGAAAUGCAACAACAACAAAAUAUAUUUAAAUAUAUUAAAAUAUAUACUUAUACGACGAUUAUACAUGUAUACAGAUUUACUUCGAUUAUCUAUGUAUGUACUUAUCUCGACGAAUUGCUCAAGGCGAAUAGAGGCGCUGUAAAGAUAA